AUGUCUGACAGUGAUGUUCAUUAUAGUCGCAUCCCCGUGCCUAACACUACGGCCUUCAAACCUCCACUCGUGUCAGUGGUGGUGGAAUAUCUCGUCCUCGUAAUGACAUUAGCAGCGUUCGUCUACGGCGCCAUCUCUUGGUGUCUCAUCAAGAAAUUCCGGCACUUCAGAAACUUUGUGUACAUCAAUGCAAUCGUUUCCAGCUUGCUACGUCUCUUGACAGUGUCUAUCAUCAUACCCUGUGUGAUGCAAGUUAUUGUGAUCGACGACAAAGAUAUCCUGGACAUCUGCCGCUACAUUUGCACCUACUUCUCCGCUGUGCAGAACUAUUGGAUGCUAGUGAUCUGUUACAUAUUCUACGUGGACAUUGUGAAAGAUUGUGCGGACAGAUCACCAGAUGACAAGCGAGGUCCAAGAUGCCACAGAGUCAAACUUAAAACAGCUAAUGAUGAUGAUGAUGUUGAUGUUGAUGAUGAUGAUGACGAUGAUGAUUAUGAUGAUGAUGAUGAUCGCAGUAUAACACAAACCAUGGCUCUGUCAACAUACCUACUUCUUAUUACCCUUCACGUAACCCUUGCACAGGACUGUGUCAUCAACAACCUACCCGAACGCACGGCAUUCGAGAAACAGCUUCGGAAAGACCUGAAAUGUGAUUACAAAAUCUUCGAUCCACCACCACAAAACGGCUCGAGUUUCCCAGUCAAUAUUAAAUUCGUGAUGAAGAAAUUCAGCUUUAACAGCGAAGAAGACACAUUCUCAGUUCAAGCAAGGAUGUUUGUGUCUUGGAACGACCCUCGACUCCGAUGGAACCCGGAGAAAUACUACGGCAUUGAUGUGACAGAAAUGUCAGUGAUGAACAUUUGGGCGCCUACCAUAGCUCUCGUCAAUACGGUAUCUGCAGAGGACUUUGAAAACAAGUUCUACAUCGCUCGCUGCAAGAUUUUCAGUGAUGGUGACGUGCAAUGCGUGCGCAGGGUCACGCAUGAUGCAUUCUGUAACGUCAAUCUCGCGCACUGGCCCUACGACCAACAGGAGUGUCAUCUCAUCUUCGAGGCUUCGGAUUCAAAAUGGCUGAAGACACAAAUUAAUGCGACUUCGCGUAUAUUUAGCAUGUUGGGGGCAGAAUAUGGAGCAGAGUGGAUGAUAACAGAUUAUAAACAGGAGGCUAACCACAGUUCUAGUAAACAGGUGAAGUUGACUUUUGUAGUGGAUCGGGAAGCGACAGGUUUGGCGGCCAUUGUUGUGUAUCCAGCUAUGAUAUUGUCAUUUUUGAGUAUGAACGUUCUUUUUAUGGAUGUGAGGCGUCCUAUUCGACUGGGUCUGGCGAGCUUCUGUCUUCUAUGUCAUCACUACUUCUUGUGUGAACUAGCAGAGAACAUACCGAAAAAGAAUAUACAACCUCCAAAUUUGCUGUUGUACUACCGUGCCUCGGUUGUGCUGUCUUUGUUAAUAAUGCUUCUAACGUGUCGGAGGGGCGGGUAUCGCCGAAGCAUUCGCCGCAACCCCCCGACGGGUAUUGGCCCGCCAGAUGGUUUGGCGGGCCCCGUCACCCACUGCGGUCACCCCGACAGCAGGACUCCAAUAAGAGGCGCGCGCGGAAAACGGCGCCGCCGCCUCGAGGCCUGCUGCUGGUCGGACGACAAGACGCCCCGAGUCAAACCUGGCAAGUACCAAUGUCACUCAAUCCAAGUUAUAUGA